AAUUUUUCUCAAUAUUUGUUCCUCUGUCUUGAACCUCCCUCUCCUCUGUUCUCUCCAACCCUCUGUUUAAAGUAUGGGAUAGUCCUGGACGCAGGCUCCUCCCACACAGCCAUGUACAUCUACAAGUGGCCGGCAGACAAGCAGAAUGGCACGGGUGUGGUCACUCAGCACAGUGAAUGCCAUCCCAAGGGUAAGAGUGUCCCAAUGGAAGGAUUCUUCCAGGUGUAUGUCUGCUAUUUACCUAGUGUUUACAUAUAAAUUACUUGAGACUUAUUAAAACAAGCACUAUUACCGUUUGUUAGUAACCAAUUAUUUGAAGUAAGCACCAGAAAGUACAGAUUUACAUCAAUUGUUUUUGUAAAUAGCAGGCAGAUACAAUAUCGAAAAUGAUUGUAAAAUAGUGUGUUACCCAAAGCCUUAACCCUUAAAAUCUCAAUUAUACUUUUGUUGGGUUUUUUUUUUUAUGGUGUGGAACUUUUUUGGCACUCCAGUUGGCAAAGAGUUGUUCCCAUUGUGUGCUGUGUGCGCGCCUUUCUGGUAACUCGUCACACAAGGCUAGACAUAAAGAAGCAGAAAAACAUGAAUGCCUAGCAACGGUGGAUCUGUCAGUAGUUCUGCAGUGACUCAGUGUGCUGUGUGGUUUUCCAGUCCUGUCCUGCCUACAUGACUUGCGUGUUCGUAUAGAUCACAGUUGUUGGCUGCUUUCAUUAAUGUGAAGUAUUUGCAAAUACACCAGGAGUUAUUUCUGACUCCAGGCCCCAUAAGCUCCAAUGACUAGACCACCAAAUAAGUGGAUGUAAUGAUUAAAAUUGUGAUAGUGUGUGGUCUGACUGUAUUACAUAUUACAUACAGUAAUGUAUCAUGUUCCCGCCAUGCAGGUGGAGGAAUCUCUAGCUACGUGGGACAGCAGGGAGCGGCAGGGAGAAGCCUUCAGGCUUGUCUGGACCAGGCCAUGCAGGACAUCCCCAGAGCCAGGCACCACCUCACACCUGUCUACCUUGGAGCCACCGCCGGCAUGAGGCUCCUCAAGUGAGUUAUAGUGUGUUUAUGUAUAUGUGUGUGUGUGUUAACGAGUGUGAGUGCACAAGCAUGUGGCUUGUGCACAAUAAGAGUUUCUAACCCAUGCAAAUAUGGACAUUUCUCCUUCUAUUUGUGUUAUAGCAGGGUAAAAUGUGAGUCAUGUUGUGGUUCUGAUAUAUCUAAUAAGAAAUGAGUCAACAACAAGAUUGAGAGAUGUGCAUCUUUCUGGUAGAUAGGGUAUUAUUGUCUUGCUGAGUAAUGUUUUUAAUUUCAUACCCCAUGUUGAUCCUGAAUCUACAAUAUCUGAAGUAGUACAUUUCCCUUUGUCAACAGUAUCUCCAGCCCUGUCCAGUCAGCCCAGGUUUUACAGGAAGUGGGUCAUAAAAUCCAGUCCUAUCCAUUUAACUACCAGGGGGCAGCCAUCUUAAGAGGCCAGGACGAGGGAGCGUAUGGCUGGGUCACUGUCAACUAUCUCUUGGAGAACUUCAUCAAGGUACUAUGGCCCAACUUUCACCUUUCACCUGAUUUUAAAAUGGGGUCACAAGAGAAACACUAAAAUAAAAAUAAAAACAUUGCUCUCGGUUCAUAGAACCGGGGUUACGUCAGUAACCUCUGAUAGCCGUUAGAUGCAGUUGUCAUAAACUGAGUGGUUUCUGUUUUCUUCCUAUAAAUGUGUCUCUAUCUUUUGAAUGGUUUAAGCAAAAACAUUAUUAGUACCCCAUCACUGAAAGAUAAAACUCAGGAAUGCUCACAAGCCACGCAGGACUCUUUAGAACGGAGUGGACAAGACCAGGCACUAAAUCAGAUUGGGGGGAAAAUAACGUAAUCAUUAGCUAGGUUUCCAUCCAAUUGGCGACAGAUUUUCAUGCGAAUAUUCAAAAAUCUGCAUGUAAAUAAUAUGUGCAUUUUCCCACCAAAGAUGUGUUUCCAUCAAAUUGACUUGUUGCGGAUAAAAGGCUGUGGGUGAUGACGUAGUGAUCACUGCAGCCAAGCAUUGAUGAGCAUGUCACCAGAAUUAGACCCUCUAUAUUUAUUGGAAAGGAACAUCAAGCUCAUCACCUUGCACUUUCACCACCCUGUGAAGUUCAUCAUAACUUAUUUAAUCUGUAGCCUAGUAAACUGCAUGCUUUUCCGACGAGUCGUAGUGGGAGGACCACACAUGUCAUCGUGUGACUCCAAAUUUACUUCGAUAUGAUGGUUAUUAAAUCAAUAUUUGCGCAUAAAAUAGUUUCCACCGACAUUUCUUGCAUGAUUCAUUUUACAGACACAAAAAGAUCCCACCUUUUGUUUUGUCCACAUAUAUAAAGUUUACCGACGAAUGUUCUGUUUCCAUCAAGCCUGUCAUUACAUUUUUUAUCCAACAUGUACUUUACUGGCAUAAAAAGGUUGAAUGGAAACCUGGUUAGUAAUGAUGUUCUUUUAUACACAGAAGAUCAACAAAAUUAUUGACUGAUGAUCUUCUGAACUUCCAAAUACCUUUCUGAUGCAUUUCAGUCACUUCUAACCAUACUUCCUUUAGAUUGAAGUACUGUCAGACUAAUUUGUAAUAGACUGUCAUAGCCCCAAUUAAAUAAGGAAACAUUGGCCGUUGAUUACAUCACUCUUUUUACAUGGUGGGGUCACACAUAUUUUUAUAUCAAAAUGAGGUUGCGGGGCAAAAAAGUUUUGGAACAAACUAGUGUGUACAGUUGUUUGUAAAUACAGAUUCUGCAUUAACAUUGCUAUCUAUGGUGGUUGUAAUCGAUCCCUGCUUAUUAUUUUCUUUGCACGCAACCAUAAGCACUUAAAAACAUAAGUAUCCUGUGUUAGUUUGAUUCCAAGCUUUUGUAGGCAUUCUUUGGAAAUGUAUAUGAAGAUUGAAAAACAAGAGAUUAUGGCUACCAUUAUGACAGAUUUCCACUAAGGCUGCCUGACUAGAUGGCUACCUGAGGACCUCUAGUGGUCAUUACAACACAGAGAACAUACAUAGAGGACUGCAUCUGCUGAGGAGACAAACUACCCACAUACCUCUCCUGUUACUUUGUUUAUCCCUGUGUGCCCACUGUAGUAUGGCUUUGUGGGCCGUUGGCUGAGCUCGGGCAGACAGACAGUGGGGGCGCUGGACUUUGGCGGGGCGUCCACCCAGAUCACCUUUGUGACCAAGGCUGAGGUGGAGGACAAGAGGGACAGGAUGAAGCUACGUCUGUAUGGCCAUGACUACUCCUUGUACACACACAGCUUCCUGUGCUACGGACGAGACCAGGUCCUCAAACGCCUACUGGCUCACCUGGUGAAGGUAGGAAACAUUAUAUUUGGCCACAACAACAUAAGAACAACCUUAUACAGUACAGCAAGGGCCCGAAGUCUUUCCCAGUCAUGUCACAUUUUCAGGAAAACCUCUUGGUGCCUGUUACAAGAUAAUAUCAUAGUGUAUAUCAGGACCAUUGAAAUAAAGAAACUUUGUUAUUAAUCAUUGGAAACCCACUCACUAACAUAUCACCCACUGAUUGUUUUUAAAUCAUUGUUUUCUAUCACAGAUUUAGUUCACCAUAUGUAUUUGAAAGUCAUCCCAGGCGUUAAUUCCAACAAUAGAUCUUGGCACUCAGUACCAUAGUACUACAUGCCUGUAGCUUGCUCUCUACUUGUUAUAGGAAUGUGUCAAGUUACUGUAAUAAUGUAUCUCACGCUCACUCAAUCCCUCUCCCUCACCCUCUCUCUCUCUUUCUCUCAGGCUCAGGGUUACACAGGGACAGUGGCCCACCCGUGCUUCCCUGCAGGCUACAGCGUCACCAUGAAGGUGGGGACAUUGUUUGACUCUCCCUGCACGGUGGCCCAGACACCCAGCUAUGGCUACAAUCCCCAGGCAACCCUGUCUGUGAAGGGCACUGGCGACUAUGAUCACUGCCUGGGCAACAUGACUGAGAUCUUCUCCUUCCAGAGCUGCCCCUUCUCCCAGUGCUCCUUUGACAAGGUGUUCCAGCCCAAUGUCAGCGGCAGCUUCAUGGUGAGAGACAGUUUACAGUUUACAGUGGUUAAAUCAACCCUAACACUAGCCUCAAUCACAACCCUAACCACAACUCUAACCCUAGCUUCAUGUCCACAUCUGGGUUCAACCCUUAUCCUAGCCUCAACCACAACCACAAACUUAACCUUUACCCCAACCCUAGCUUCAUGCCCACAUCCCGGUAUAAACCUAAUAUUAGCAUCAACCACAAACCUAACCCUAGCUCUAAUCCUAGCUCCAGCCCCAACCCUAGCUCCAGCUCCAGCUCCAGCAGCAACCCUAACCCCAACCAGUGGAGGCUGCUGAGGGGAAGACAGCUCAUAAUAAUAGCUGGAACGGAGUAAAUGGAAUGGCAUCAAACAAAUGGAAACCAUGUGUUUGAUGUAUUUGAAACCAUUCCACCAAUUCCACUCCAGCCAUUACCAAGAGCCUGUCCUCCCCAAUUAAGGUGACACCAACCUCCUGUGACCCCAACCCUAGCUCCAGCAUCAACCUUAACCACAACCCUAGCUCCAGCUCCAGCUCCAGCACCAACCUUAACCUUAACCCUAGCUCCAGCAUCAACCUUAACCCCAACCCUAGCUCCAGCUCCAGCACCAACCUUAAACCUAGCUCCAGCACCAACCUUAAACCCAACCCUAGCUCCAGCUCCAGCACCAACCUUAACCCUAGCUCCAGCCCUAACCCUAACUCCAGCUCCGACCCUAAUCAUAUCUCAUCUUUUUUUCUCUCUCUCUGUCCAUUUGUCCAUCAGGCGUUCUCUGCCUUCUUCUACAUUCACCAGUUCCUACAGACUACUACAGGAAUUCCUGUCACCACCCCUGCCCAACUGGAAGAGGCAGCCCAUUCUGUCUGUAACAUGAGCAUCAAUGAGGUCAGUAGCCGUUUGUGUGUGUGUGUGUGUGUGUGUGUGUGUGUGUGUGUGUGUGUGUGUGUGUGUGUGUGUGAGAGAGAGAGAGAGCGCGAGAACAUUUGUGUGUGAAGGGAAGAGAGCAUCCAUGCAUGUGAGAGAAACUGUCUCUGUUUGCAUGUGUGUCUCAAUGGAUGAUGGUUUUGUAUGUGUUUCAUGUAUUUCAAGGCUACGUCAUCCCCAUUUUUAUAUCCUGUUUCAGCUGUUGGUGCUGGCCCCAGAUCAGGAGCCUCGUCUGCAGGACUUCUGUGCUGCCUCUGUGUUCACCAAAGUGCUCUUCACAAGAGGCUAUGGCUUUGAUGAGAUCUCAUUUCCCCACAUUUCCUUCCAGAAAAAGGUGAGCUUGCUUGAUGGGAAUAUGUUUUUUUUCUCUAUCUCCUUCUUUUGCUCCAGAUACCAGCAUAAUCCUUGACAUUACACAAAGUCAUAUCAGCAAAGACAUUAACGUAUGAAGAUAGGCAGAAACUGCUUCUACAAUAGAAAUCCCUGAUCACACUUGUAGGCGAUGUUGGCUAGCUAAGCUAAUGCGUAGGAACAGGUCUAACGGUCGUCUCCCGCCGAACUGCGCAUGUGCAGGCCGUCAAAUCAAAGGCACUCCUUCGAUAUAAAGUUAUUUUUGACAAACAUGAAAACGUGUCAGUUUGUCACUUUCACAAGGUUGGAGUAAUAAAAUAUUCAACUCCUUAAGACAUUGGCUCGAAUCUCGGUAGCGCCUAGAUUAACAACUUCAGGAAGAAGUUCUCAAACCCCAGACCCCCCAGACCCCAGCCUGGUCUGCUUGGUCUGUUUUGCAAGAGUCCCCGGAUGUCUCACGAUGUUGUGUCUCUGGGUUUAGAAACUCUAUGAUAUCAGUGUUUGUCAAGCACCAUUUUUGAGACUGCAGCCUCUCCAUUGAAGCAUUAACCUCUGAAUGUCCUUAACUAGAGAAUGCUCUGAGUGUACCCAGGCUGACUGAGGUGUGUGUUUGUGGUGUCACCAGGCAGGGGAUGCAUCUGUGGGCUGGGCCCUGGGCUACAUGCUCAGUCAGAGCAGUCUGCUGCCGGGGGAGAGUGUGGGCCUGAGGAAGGGCCUAAAACCUGGAGCCUGGGCUGCUCUGCUCUUCCUCUUCGUACUCCUCCCCGCCACCGCCCUGAUGUAUGUUUCCCUCCAAGCCUGCUGCGGGAAGAAGAAAGGAAGCAGUGACACUGCCAGCUAAUCAUCAUAAGGGACUUCCAUUGAGACCUGCUUUCACUUUUUUGGAGGAAAGACGGUAAACUCUUUGUAAGGGUGCUGGUGGUGCAAUCCUGGACCCAAGAGUGCGUAGAUAACUGUAUCAUGAAGAAGAUAGAAUGUUGUAUAAAGUGUUGAUCAUCUUUACACUGAGAUAUAACAAUUGAGUUUUCUCCAGCUGUCAACACAUUUUAUAUCCUUUUUUUAUUUAUUCUUUAACAAACAGUUUUUUUUUUGUAUAAGUAUGCAUUGUAGGCUAUAAUUAAUGUUCAACAUCCCUCUCACAACAUGUUACCCAACAUUUAAGUCUAAUUUGUUUGUGCUUUAUAUUCAUUUUAUCCAGGCUCUGUCGUAGCCGGCCGCAACCGGGAGACCAAUGGGGCGGCGCACAAUUGGCCCAGCGUCGUCCAGGGUAGGGGAGGGACUGGCCGGCAGGGAGGUAGCUCAGUUGGUAGAGCAUGGUGUUUGCAACGCCAGGGUUGUGGGUUCGAUUCCCACAGGGGGGCCAGUAUGAAAAAAUUAAAUAAUGUAUGCACUAACUGUAAGUCGCUCUGGAUAAGAGCGUCUGCUAAAUGACGUAAAUGUAAAUGUAAUUUUGUAUUUUGUAUUCUGAUAACAAAAAAAAUCAACUAUGUUUUGUACGUGUGGUCUUUGCAGAAGGUAUGUUUGUAUUCAUGAUUUCCAUACGUCAUAUUGACUACAACUCACUAAAACUACAAGUACCAUCAUACCAUCCCCCUUUUUAUUUCCGGAAGUCUGCUACGGACCAUUUACCGUAACUGUCCACAUUGAUCAUCACAUAAAGAAUUGUCUACUAUUUCAAAUUGAAGAAUUAUCAGCUGUGCGAGAUAGCUAACUACGUUGCAUUUCGUGAAAAAAUGUGUACUCAAACGAAGGCUGCUGCUCUCAUAGCGAACAUUCCAGAGGCAGAAAUUGACCCGACUGGUGUGUUCAAAUACGUUCUCAUUCGAGUACACACUAAAGAAGAUGGCGACGACUCGAGCGUAGAUAUUGUACGUGGAUAUGCCUGGGCCGAAUAUCAUGGUAAGAGGACCAAUAUUGAUCAUGCUUUUGUCUUUCAGUGUUGGCUAGCUGAUGUAUGAUUAAAGUCCAUGUUGUUACUGUCCAAUUCUAUUUAGCCUACUAGCUACUCAUACUGUACUGAUGCUUACGAACCAGUAGGUGGGGCCGUUGUCACUGAAAAAUGCCCGAGAGAAGUCAGUCAGCCCGUAUUGGUUUGCCCACACUCUACAGCAAAAAAGUUAAACCAUUUGACUAGUUUAUUUUGCACAUCACAGUGCUUUUGAAAUAUGUUGUAUUUUGAGAGUAUUUUCAAGAGACUUCUUGUGAAACUUUGAAUACAGUACUGAUUUUGUUUUUUUGUCACUGCAGCGGAUAUCUAUGACAAGGUAGCAGAGGAGCUUGAGAAAGGAGGGCACCUGGAAUGUGAAUGUAUUGGAGGAGGAAGGAUUAAACAUGACUGCCAGUCAAAGAAGAUCCACAUCUAUGGCUACUCCAUGGUAAGAGAAUGCAGAAUAGUGUUGUUAUUUCAGUGGAACUCAUGUACGCCUUUUGAUUGGGUCUUCAAGUACAUUUGUGACUAUAACAAUUCAUCCACAUAUUACAUACCAACAUUUUGAUACUUUUUCUAAUAUUGUAUGACUGGUAUUGCAUCUCUUAAGUUUUGUUAUUUCCUAGCAGCCAAGUUACCCUCUCAAUGCCUUCUUGUUCUUUGCAGGGCUUUGGUAAAGCAAAUCACGCUGUUUCCACAGAGAAACUGAAGGUGCGCUACCCUAAAUACGAGAUCACCUGGGCUGAUGAGGGAUACUGACUUACACUGGACCCAACUCUGUGCUUGGUCUUGGUUCAGGCCUAACUCCUUCCUGUGUCAAUAAGUGUGGGCCAACAGAACACAGCAAAACCUCAGUGGCAUCACAUUAUGUGAGAUCUGAAGACAAACCUGUCAGUACAAAGCUGAAACUGGGACUAAGACUGACACAGUACCUAGUUGCUGACUAAUAUAGCCAGAACAACAGUGCUUGCUUUUCUAUUUUGUUUCAGUGAAACAAUAGAUGGAAAACAUAUUAUUUAACAUAAAUAUUUUUGUUUAAACAUAAAAUGAAUAAAUGUUUGCAUUGAUUUAAUAAAUGGUCAUAUAUGCC